AUGCCAACCACGAAGAAGAUCAGGCCGGAGACCAGGAGGGAGACCACGAUGGAGCGCGAAGAGCGCGUCAAGAUAAAGAUCGAAUUCAAUCUCAAACGAGUUCAGAGGCUUGUCCAGCUCCCUAGGACCGAAAACGUUCGGAAGGCGCUUGCCUAUCAUCGAGAUCAGAUUAUGCGCCUACACAAGAUUCAGAAAGGAUUCAUCGACGAGCGGAAACGCAUCCGCAAUGCAAUCUUGCCAGAGAUAGAAAAGCAUUGCUGGACGAUGAUGCAAGGAAAUGGCUUUGAUGAUCUGCUUACUUCGGAUGAUGCCCCAAACCGUGAUCCACCCAAUCUUGGAGAUCAAGACCAAAUGGCCAUUGAUCAACCCACGAACUAUGUCGCCAACGCCCAGUUCGAUGCUCUUCAAGACUUCAUGGAGAAAGCUACUUGGAAGGCCGGUGGAAAGCCUCCUGAUCCGUUCGCGCUCACCGAUCCUGUCAGCGAUGAUUCAACCCUUACUGAGCAUAACCGGGCUUUUCUGAGGCGAAUUGCGGCUCAACCUCGAUUGGUAGACUUCUACCCACACACGAAGGCUUAUUUGGAGAAAACACCGUCCGAAAGCAAUGACGGCCUACGGGACGUCCGGAGAGAUGCUAGGUCAGCUAUCGAGGCCUAUAGAAAGCGACGUGAAGCCGAAAUGAGAGACGUCUCGUGUACGGAGAAGCAACAGGUCCGGGCCCGGAUCUCAGCCGCACACAACCUCUCGACAAAGGACAAGCUCAUACUGACCUUGGUGACAUUCAUUCCCCAGGGCUCCUACACUACAUAUGCGGCUAUAUGCAAGUGGGCAAGCGAUGCUGGAGUACACCUAAUUGACGUCGACAUAUUUUCAACGCUGAAAAGUGUAAGACGAGCUUUUGGCACCAAGGAACUUCCCAGUUAUCGCGUCAUCGGAGCAAACGGUGGGUUCGUUCGUUCUGGUUGUGAUUGGGGUGGUCAUAUGCCUGAGGUCGACGAAUGGAUGAGGUUGGAGCUGUUGGAGAACGACAAUAUCGAAUAUGAUAAGCGGGAAAGGAGGCUCAGGGGUACACCGUUCAGUUUCUACGGUUUCCGGGAUCUGAUGAAGGGCACCACGAUGGAGAAUUACGUCAACAAGCUCCCCUCCCGGUUUGAGGAUAACAUCCAUCCUUGA